CUUCUUCUUCUUCUGGUCCCUCUCUAGAUGGCGUCCAGUGAGUCGCGGCUCCAGCAGCAGCCGUCCCCGAAAGACGCCGCGGACCAGAACUUUGACUACAUGUUCAAGCUGCUGAUCAUCGGCAACAGCAGCGUGGGGAAGACGUCCUUCCUGUUCCGCUACGCCGACGACUCCUUCACCUCCGCCUUCGUCAGCACCGUGGGCAUCGACUUCAAGGUGAAGACGGUCUUCCGCAACGACAAGAGGAUCAAGCUGCAGAUCUGGGUGAGUGGAGGAAAGGGAAGAUACCGGGGGAGAAAGCACCGGGUUGCACCGUUAAUGUCGCUUUUCGGCUGGGGCACGAGCACCAGCGGCCGCCCGGCUCUGCUCGGCUCUCCUCCCGCAACAGGAGACUUUUUUCCCGGUUCUCCUAGCGCGGUGUACGUGGAGCAGAUCCCGGGUCUCGGUGGCGUGGCUUGA